CAAUAAAAAUAUUUAAUACCAAUUAUGGCUACCCUCAAUGUGCAUAUCAAUUUGAAUUAAUAUCAGCUGAUUUUACAACAAGAGAAAGCCAAAAAUACUUACUAACUACAAAAAAAAGAAUUUCCCCAUGGCCCCAUUAAUCUUUAUGAAUAAAGGUUCAACUCAGUUAAUUUUUCAAAUACCAAAAUAAAUGAGGUGAUUGGAUGGAUUCUCAUUAUAGCUGUAAUCCUAUUAGUGCUUAUGAUGACUAUAUCUCUAAUUUAAGAUUCAGUGGUUGGAUUUGCUAUACCAUUAUUAUCAGUUGUUACAUUCUUCAUAGUAUAUUUAAAUUGGUUAUCUAUGAAGUUUUUUGUAAACUCAUGAAUUUGAAUAUUUUAUUUUGUAUUGAUUCAAAAAGC